AAAUUUAUUUUUUUUUUGUCAGCCCAGUUUUUUCUCCAUAAAUGUAAUUUUUGUUUUAACCGUUCACACCUGACCGUUAAUUUUGUGCUUAGUACCUCGACAAAUCACGAUCCUAAAAAAUGACCAAGGUGUAUAAAGAAGACGAGAUCAGUAUUCGAGUCGAUCGAUGCCUAUAUGAUUCACUUCUCAAAUUCGGUAAGUCAUAUACUUUAUAAGUUCGACCUCUAAGAGUAUUAAAACCGACUUUGGAAGUCACACCAAAGAUGUUCACCCAGCUUUGGUCAUUAAUGUCUUUGAAAGCUAAUUUUAAUCAACUUGAUUCUUUACAUUGUUGCCAUAGCCUAUGAGUUCUUUUUGAAAUCAACACGUUUCUCAAUAUAGCUCAGUAUAAACAAUUACUAGUACACCGUUCAAGUAGUAGUUUAAUCAUAAUAUGAUGACUUAAGUUAUUUGAUAUAUUUGUUUUAAACCUUUUACAUCUACAAAAAUACAAAUAUACCAUGAUGUUGACAAGUGGUCUGCUUACAAAUUGAUUGGUGCUAUAUUAUAUUCAUAGACUAACCCCAAAUAUUUGGAAUGAAGGCGAAGGGAGAAGAAAUUAUUAUAUCAAUAUUCUUUCCGCAAUGAUUUAUGAAUAAUAUAAAGUUGUAAAAAUAAUUUACAAUUUUAUCGCUUGUAAGAAUUAGUUCUGGUAUAAUUAAAAUUGUUUAUUUCUUUCAGGCGGUGGCUUAAGUGUAGGCGCAGUUGCUUCCCUGUUAUUUUUCAAACGUAAGUUUUUUGUUGUUAAUACUACAAAUUAAAUUAUUAUGACAUAUUUUUUUUAAUAAUUUUCGUGUUCAAUUUUUAAAGUAAUCUAAUUUUAAUUUGAGUGAAAUAAGCUAUUACGUGUAUCAUUGUAUCCAUUAUUAAAAAAAACAACCGGUAUUAAGUAUAUGACCUACGUUAUCUACCCACAUUUUUAAUAAUAAAAAAAGCAUUAAAACCAAAUUUAUUUAUUCAUAAAACAAAUUAUAAUUAGCCAUACAGUUUUUGUACACCACAAAAAUAAUGUAAACAAAAUUGAUCUUGUUUGUUAAUAGAUCAAUACUAUAGCUUAGUUAAAAGAUUUGGCAAAAUAUCAGCUGUUCUAUGCAUUUAUUGUACCUAUUAUGAUUUUAAUACAACCCUUGAACAUAUGUGUGAGUCCCUGUUGUUGGGUUAACAAAAUGAUUCACUGUUUAUAAUGUGUCUUAAUCUUUUAAACAAGAAUAAGCUCUCCAUUUGUCAGAUAUUACUAUAAAACUAUGCAGUAUUAUUUUUCGAUUAUCGGAAUUAAUGUUUCUUAUAAGUUUAUUGAACUCUACCCAUUACAAUGCAAACAGUUUUAAUGACUAAAUGGGUAAAUUCUAGUAUCUAUUUGUCCCAAACUUAGUUUUGAGUUACAUCGUACAUUAAGAUUAAGAUAUUUAAAAAAAUUCAUUUGUUUUUUGUAUUGAUACCGCUGACAUACUUUAGUGAUACAUCUUAUAGUGAAAAUUUCACGAGUGGCUAAUUAUUCUGUUUGUAUGUACAUCUUAGUAUUACCAUAAUACUUAUAACUAAUUUUUACAUAAUUUUUAUAAAAAUCUAAAACUGUUGUUAAUAUUUUGUUAAAUAUACGAUGAACCAACAGCAAAACUCGUAUUGACAAUUAUUGUUAAUUUAGUAAAGUGACAUAUGUGUACAAAUUAAAAACCCGCUGUAUAUUAUUUUAUAAAAUUAUAAAAAAUUUGUAAGCACUCAUAUAGUAUGUUGGUUAUAUAUUGAACCCAGUAAUACAGGUAGGUCACAUACUAAACUCGAUAUUUAAUAAAUAAGUCAUAUACUAAACAAAUACCAACAAAAAAAAUAUAUUAUUAAUAGAAGUUAAAAAAAAUACAUGAAUUUAUUUUAUUAUAUUUUACACUGUUUUAAAAAAUAACUAAGUCGAAAACUGUUCUAGAUUUAAUUUGAUAAUGUAUGUUAUUGAUCAUGGUAUUUUAUUUUAUAUAGGUAGGAAAUGGCCGCUGAUUAUGGGUUCCGGUUUUGGAUUGGGUUUAGCAUAUGAAAAUUGUGAAAAGGACCUGAAAGAAUAUUUCACAAGUACAUAAUAUUUAUGUCAAAAUAUUUAGGCGAAAGUACAAUAGCCCCUAGACUCUUGAGUCAAACAAUGUGCUGUUUAUAUAAUUUUUUUUUUUCUAUUUGCAUUCAUUGUAAGUAGCAUAUAUUUGUUUCAGUUAUACAUUUAUAUAGAAUACAAUUUUUGUUCCAAAGAGAAUGUAUUAUUUAUUUUGUACAUGUAAAAAAGUUGUUCAAAUUUUAAUUAAAAUAAUUAUAAUUAAUAAAAUAUAAAGUAUAACAAUGUUUUAAAAAAAUGAAAAAUAAUACAGGAAAUUGUUAAACGGGCAAUCGAUUAUCAAAUACCAAGUUAUUGACUGUGAAACAGUGUCAAGUGUAAUUUUAAAUUUUGUAUGUCAUUAAAAUAAUGUUUGCACCAAUGGCAUUGGAGCUGUUGAUUUAAACAUUUCUUGUUCAGCGGCAAUUUAACAUGUCCCAAUGUUUGUAAAUCAACAAUGACUUCUGCAAAACAAAUUACAAUAUACAAUUUUGAGUUACAAUACCACUGUAAUGUACAAAUCGGUGUAAUAUGUAUUUUAUUUUUACACAGCACAUACCAAUAAUAAAACCAACGGAAGUAAAUAGUCAUUACAUUGAAUGUGAAAAGAUUGUUUUAAUUAAUUUGAAAUAUUA